UGAUCAACUACAACCAUGGAUUCGGAUCGUGUGAUGUUUGCGUCUCUCCAAGCGGUUCCGUUUCUGUGGGGAUUUGGACUGCCCAGAUUGGGUCCUUGCCGAAAUUAGCACACUGGCGAAAAUGUCCAGUGUUAAGAUGAAACUCCUCUGUGCUCAAGUACUGAAAGGUUUGCUCGGGGAGGGCAUUGAUUAUGACAAGGUCACAAAGCUUACAGCUGAUGCAAAGUUUGAGAGUGGAGACAUCAAAGCCAGUGUGGCAGUGCUCAGCUUUAUUUUCUCCAGUGCGGCCAAGCAUGAUGUUGACAGUGAAUCUUUGUCCAGUGAGCUGCAGCAGCUUGGUCUGCCCAAAGAACACACAACAGGGCUGUGCAAGUCGUAUGAAGAUAAACACACUUCAGUUCAGGACAAACUGAGGGAGACGAGUUUGAGAUUAGGAAGACUGGAGGGUGUUUCCUGGCGUGUGGACUACACUCUCAGCUCCAGCGAGCUGAAGGAGGUCAAUGAGCCAAUUGUUCAGCUCAAGCUGCGGACUCAAGGAGCAGAGUCAGGCUGCUCAGAGACCACCGUUGUCUCACUUUCUGCUGACAAGUUCAGAGUCUUGCUUUCAGAGCUGAAGCAAGCCCAGACAAUGAUGAAUGCUCUACAAUGACAAACAAACUUUAGACACAAAUGUUGAAAGAGCCAUACAUUCAUAUGGAAAAAUCAUUUUGAAGAUGAAAUGAAUGGUACUUAUAUUAAAUAAUUGGUUUGGUUGUAUUUUUCUACCAUCAUUACUGAAUAUCACAUAUGUAAAAUACUGUAUAUUAUGUAACACUUUUUAAAUUGUAAUAAAAAUGUGUCA